GCGGCUUCACUGUGUGAUCGCUCGCCUCACAUUCUAACUCACAAACGGGAUUUCUUUUACGUGGAUCGUGAUUGUUCCCGAGUUUACCAGCAGUUUGGAUCUGUACCUGGUCUCAACUAGAAUCAUCGACGAAAUCGGUGCUGGCGUUACCAACGGACAAGCCACUCUGUGACCAUGUCGAAGACCAAGGCGCCACAGCCAGCUGUGAUCCACAAAGUGAUCAUGGUUGGCAGUGGAGGGGUGGGCAAGUCAGCUCUCACCCUGCAGUUUAUGUACGAUGAGUUUGUGGAGGACUACGAGCCAACCAAAGCGGACUCAUACAGGAAGAAAGUCGUGCUCGAUGGAGAAGAAGUUCAGAUUGAUAUACUGGACACCGCUGGUCAAGAGGACUAUGCGGCCAUCAGGGAUAAUUAUUUCCGGAGUGGCGAGGGAUUUCUAUGUGUCUUCUCAAUCACAGAACAGGAGUCCUUUCAAACUACUGCAGAACUUAGAGAACAAAUCUUACGAGUGAAGAGCGAUGAGCACAUUCCAUUUCUAUUGGUCGGGAACAAGGCAGAUUUGGAAGAGCGGCGUCAGGUGACCGCAGAAGAGGCGCAGCAACGAGCGCAACAGUGGAACGUUCCCUAUGUGGAGACCUCCGCCAAAACAAGGGCCAAUGUUGAUAAGGUAUUUUAUGACUUAAUGAGAGAGAUUCGCUCCCGAAAGGUUGACCGAUCACAAAGCAAUGGAAAGAAUAAGAAGAAAAAAGAAAAAGGGAAGAGAAAGUGCAUCAUUUUGUAACACUGUGGACCCUAUUCAUACCUGUAAUUAAUAUGUUAGUUAAUCAAUCUGACCUUUGACCCAGGAUCCUGUGGUGAUGAGAUCUUUGCACAGGCUGGAUUGUGACAAGUCCACUUGGUGAAGAUCCAGCAGUUGCUUGUCAGGGUUCCACAGGGCCAUUUGAUAAGAAUUCAACAGCUAACAUGUAUAUGUACCUGACAAGGACCUGCAGUACAUUGAUCAGGACAUGGGUGCUUGAAAAGAUCUUCAAAUCUGCUUGACAUGUGUGAUCCUGAUGCAAGCAGGCCACUCUGUUGAUGUUAAGCAUGGUUUUGGUGGCACUACAUGUACAUAUUCUGGUGAUGUAUCUGCUGGAUGGGAUCUUAGUGCCUGCUUACAUUGUAGACUACACAGUGUAAUUCUAACACUUGGCACUAUGGUGGUGUUGCCUGCUUGAUUUAAAGUUGUUGGUAGUUCAUGUUAAGCAGACAACAUAAAGUUCAUCAACGUCAGAUGUAAACUUCAUAUGUUCUGCUUGAUGUAAACUUCUUUUGGUCUGCUUGAUAUGAAUUUCACAUUGUCUGCUUGACAUGAGCUUCAUGUUGUGUGUUUGACAUGAACAUCAUGUCAUCUGUUCUCAUGAAGUUCAUGUCUACAUGUACUUGACAAACUCCAUGUUUUGUCUGCUUCACAUGAACUUCAUGUCUUAUUCAUGUUGUCAACUUCAUGUUGCCUGCUUCACAUGAACUUCAUGCCAUCAG